UAACAGAGUAAAGGAGCUUGUGAUUUUUUUUUCUCCAUACAGAAAUAUUAUAAAAAUGUUGAAAAAGCCGCCGAAGCUGAAGAGGACCGUAAGGGCGAAAGCUAAGGGAAAUGUAAACAUUGCAACGGGUUCAGAGGCGAUGAUUGAACUGCUGAUAGUAAUGUUCCUGAAAGGUCUUUCUGAAGAGGCGAAAGCCAAAGCGUUUGAGGAGAAAUCUGCAACAAUCGGAGCUCAUCAUGUCAGAGCAGUUUCCAAGAAAAUGUUGAAAAAGGCAAGAGGAUGAAGAGGAUUAUUGUAAAGAACUCCAUAAACAACCUCUUCAUGUAUCUGAUUAUAAAAUCUACUUUUUCCUAAUGUAUUUAUUUUACCCCUUCUUCUAAGUCAACACUCUGUGUUCAUUCUUUCAUUUUUCUUUUUUCUUUUUUUUUUUUAAACAAACCCAUUUAACUUUUAUUCUGUUUCUUAUCUUCAGUCUUACAGCUCUCAACAAUACAAUGACAAAUGGGAUUUGUUUUAAAGUCCUUAUAUCAUUAGAGCUUUACUACAGAUGAUUCCAAACUAAUCCCAGAAAGCGGCGCUUAUCUGUGACAUGAAACUGGCUUGUAUUUCAGGGCUUCUUCACAGUGCAUUAGUGCUCAGACAUCCGCUUGGCUGUGGUCUCGCUCCGCUCAUCCGUCAUGGUUUAUGUCUUCAGCUGCACGCUUCACGGCCACCUUCGAAUUCCUCGCUUCAUCAAGGCACCCAGAAUAUCUGCACCCGCUGAUAGUAUCCUGCUAAUUCCUUAUCACCACAAGUUCUUGGCGAGAAGCUUUGCUCAAAGGGCAAAACUAAGACAGACUAUUCACACUUGUAUGAGAGAAAGUGUUUUUUUUUUGUUACUUGUGGAUAAUCUGCAUAUGUAGCCCGAUAAUUCAAUCUCUGUUAAAGUGAUAAUAUCUAGAUUCAUAUGCUUAUAGCACCUUUGGAAACAACCCUAUCCCUCAAAUGUCAUGUUGUAACAACAUAAUGUGAUUUUUAUGAUGGAGCAACAAAGACUGAUGCAUAAUUGUAAAGUGGUAGGAAAAUGUUUUUUCUUUUUUUAUAAUAAAUAACAAUCUUGAA